AUGUCUACCAAGAUACUGUCUUUAAACAGCACGGUUUUCAAAUGGAUGAAAACGUUUCACACCAGCUGUCCACGAGGGUUUAGGUAAGACACACCGGAUAACUUUUUGUUAAUAUGUAAACUUCUAUGUAAACUGCUGACACAACAACCAUGCAUGCAGCAUAACUUCCUCAUUUUUAACUUCCACAGAACUGCAGCUGCGUCUCUUAGUUCCGUCAGUUUGAAGGGUCGAAGCUUCCUAACUUUGAAAGAUUUCAGCCCAGAUGAAAUCAAGAGGCUGCUGUGGGUCUCAGGAGACCUCAAACAUCGGAUCAAACAUGAAAAACAGGUAGCUGGUGUUUGCUAACAUCUGUUGACUGCAGUGUGCAUUUGCAAAUGUUCUCAGUUUUAACUGUCAAGGUCAAUCUUCAGUGUCUGAAGCUAACUUUCUUUUCCAUUUUAGUGUCUUCCUCUUCUCCAAGGGAAGUCCAUUGCCAUGAUAUUUGAGAAGAGGAGCACCAGAACAAGAAUGUCUACAGAAACAGGUGUCCCUUAUGUAUUCAUAUAUCUUCAAAUGGUUUAUGACAUGUGCUGUAUUGAAACUCAUAUGUAAAAACAUUAAAGUGGCACAAUGCAGUCACCAUGCAGUUGUUAGAUAAACCCAUUAGAUACACAUUGAUAGAAUGAAUGUGAUAGGGUUCUAGUAUCUCAUAAAUUUAGCCUGGCUGUUUUGAUCCAUGAGUAGCUUUAGCAGUGUAAAUGCCACCCCUUGUUUUUGACACAAAAGAACUGCUGAAAGGGGACUUUGAAAGCACCACGGGAACAAUGCUGUUUGCACCUAAACUACAUCCAUUCCCCACUCCUAUGCUGAACUUGGUGUGGGCUUAAAAGACAGUUUCUAUUUGAGGAUGAUUCAGUGUUUUUACUCCAGGUUUUGCUUUGCUUGGCGGGCACCCCUGUUUCCUCACAUCUCAGGACAUCCACCUUGGAGUGAACGAGAGUAGCACAGACACAGCUAGGUAUGAAAUUCAUAAUGGUUUUGUUUUUUAAGGCAGCGCUGCUUCACUUGUAUAAUAUUGCUUUGGUCCUCUGCUGCUUUUAAUAACUGAAAGGAAAGAUUAGAACACAUUACCACAUGAACCAAUUUUACAUGCACCCCUGUGUAAUCUCUAACCCCCGCCACAGGGUUCUCUCAGGGCUGUGUGAUAUUGUCUUAGCACGAGUGGAUAGCCACUCCACACUGGAAGAACUGGAUAAGGAGGCCUCCAUCCCCAUCAUUAAUGGCCUGUCUGACCUCAGCCACCCAAUCCAGAUCCUAGCUGACUACCUCACUUUGCAGGUAAUGUAGCAGCUUCCUGGCAUCCUGCUGUUUAAAUAAUAGAGAUGAUAAAGUCUGCGUGUUUUUCAAAUAUUUCCUCCCAGGAACAUUAUGGCUCCCUGAGUGGACUAACAGUCAGCUGGAUUGGAGAUGGGAACAAUGUCCUCCACUCCUUCAUGAUGUCAGCAGCCAAACUAGGAAUACAUCUGAAGAUUGCUACACCAAAGGUUUGCUUCUUUUUAUGUGGGCACAUCCACUGUAACUGUCUUAUCAUUGCUAGAGUUGAUCCUUUCCAAAGAAUAUCCUGGGGAACUAAAAAUAUAUUGUUUUCUUUUUAUAAAAUAUAUGAAUAUUCAGCAACUGAUCUACAUUUUUACUUUAAUUUGUAGGGAUAUGAACCAGAGAAAAGUGUAAUUGAAGAGGCGCAAAGACUCUCCAAAGAGGUUAAUUAUUGUUCAUGUGUCCUAGCUUUAAACAAACCUCUUGUCAAAAGACUUCUCAUUAAUUCAUAAAAUUGUAUUUUGUCUCAGCACGGGACCCAGCUUGUUCUGACCAAUGACCCCAUGGAGGCUGCCCAUGGCAGCAAUGUUUUGGUCACUGACCUCUGGGUCGGCAUGUGGCGGGAGAAGGAGAAAAAAAAGAGGCUUAAUGACUUUAAAGGUUACCAAAUUACUAUGCAGGUAAGAUGUGGGGAGUUUUACAAAUAUAAAGACGCACAUUUUGACUUGAACACUUUCUCUUUGGCUCAGAAAGAAAGAGGAGUCAAUCAUUACAUAUCAGUAGCUUUUAGAGAUGGAAGGCAUUUUCUGCUAUGUAAAAGACACUGAACUUGUCAGAGUCGUUGUUCCAAUAUUUAACUUUAAUUCAGAGCAAACUUAUGUUUUGUAUUUAAUAGGCUACUGCUUGAGAAAGUGAUACAAAAGUUUAUAAUAACUAAACCAAUUGCAUCCUUUUUAAUGGAGAAACAGCUAAAUAGAUUUCAGAAUUUAAAGUUAGCAUGCAUAUUAAAAAAACGUAUCGCACAAAUCAUAAAUGUAUUGGUAGCAUAGUUUUCUGAAAAAUGAGAAAAUGAGGUGAUGUGAUUUUCAUUCACAAAACAUGUCUUUAUGUCAUAUAUAUAAACACACAUUAUGGACAGUUUUAUUUUGGAGAAACUACCUCUGAACUGAUCCAAAUCAGUCAUUUGUCAGCCAAAUAUGUGCGAGCAUAGGAGAUGUUUGAUUCCAGUUUUGAAUUGAUUCAAAGUAUUAACAUAAACAGCUUCUGGAAAACAAAAGAGAAAUGGACUAGCACUGCAAACAAAAAGAAACUAUAAUGUAUUUAACAUAUAUGUAUAUCUGACUAGCCAUUAUUCUUGCAAUACUCCAUCCUGACUUUCUCACUCAUCUACAGACAGCACGUGUAGCCAAACCAGACUGGACCUUCCUGCACUGUCUUCCACGGAAAAUGGAGGAGGUGGAUGACGAGGUAUUCUACUCUCCUCGUUCACUUGUCUUUCUUCAGGCAGAGAACAGGAAAUGGACCAUCAUGGUGAGUAGCCUUGAAAAAAACUCAGCAUUAUUUACCAUAUAAUUUUAUACAUAAGUAGGUUAAUUUAGACCCAUAGUCAGCUUUUACUCUCUCUCUUCUAAUCAUGACAUCCUUUUUCUCUUACAGGGUCUGGUGGUUUCUCUUCUGACUGACUAUUCACCACAGAUCCCCAUGCUCAAGUUCUAA